ACUUGCGUAGUGGGAAGAGCACUAGCCCCUACACCCAGGAGCAACAAGAGAAAAUGGUCACCUUAGUGAGAGAGAACAAAGAGAGGAAAGAGCUCCAGAAACAGGCGAAGCUAAAGGCUAUCGCAGAGGAGCAGGCGGCGAAGAUGAAGAAACUGGAGGAGGAGAUGAAGAGGGUUCAACAGGAGGAGGAAGAGAGGAGAAAGGCUGCAGAAGAGGAAGCAGCAGCAAAGGAAGAAAAGAAGAGAAAAAGUAUUGAAGAGAGAGGAGAGAGUAGUGGCACGAAGAAGGAUGAAGAAGCAGAGAUGGAGAAGAAGAUCAGCGAGUGGGUUGCUAAUUUAUCGCUGGGGGAGGAUGAGGAGGUAGAGUUCUAUGUGCCUCAGGAUGAGAGGGAUGCGUUAGCCCAGGAGCUAGCAGCAAUGGAGGACCCCCUGGAAAGACAAGAAAGAGAGGAGGAGAAAAAGUUGGAGUGGAAAUUAAGAAUGAAGAGGGAAAAGAAGAGAAUGAGGGAUGAAGUUAACAGGCUGACCGCAGGGGUGGCGAAGGUGAAGGAUUGUAGGCAGGAGGUGGAGGCUCAGACAGACGCCUCGGCCAAAUGCGAUAAGGUAUUGGGGUACCUGGAGGUGUUGAGCGUAGCUUGAAUGGAGGAACGCCAAGCCAAUAGAGCUCAAGAGGUAGCCCUGAAGGCCAUGCGGUCCGGUUUUCAGGAUUUUGCGCGCGAG